UGUCGCACAACGCUGAUAUUACUUAUCCCUCCAAUUACUCUGUACCUGGUCAUUGCUGUCGUGCACUCACCCGAACAUCCUGCCAUGGGGAGCACCUCGCCUCGGCGUCCAGUGCUGUUAUGCAUCACACCCCAAUAUCAUGGAUACUUAUAGCUUGUCUACACCUGCAGCCUGGUGGCGUAAUCGAUCCAAAAGCCAAAUGUUUCCCAAUAAGUAUGGUUCAGUACCAGGGCAAUGGUCAUUAAACCACGACUUGCAUAUUGCCCAUCUGACGGGGGCACAGUCGAUCCCCUCCAUGUUCGUGUCAUGUCUUGUUUGUGUGAGAAGUUUUGAAUUGUAGCAUCCUUUCUGUGUUCUUUACACUUCGAGGAAGUUAGAUUUCGCGUUAGAUUUCGCCUUGCACUUUCCCCAGUCGAUCAUAGUCAUUGUAGAUCGUUGUUAAGUUUCUUGUACUGCAGUUGGCUAGCUGUGGCAGCAAUGGGAAAGACAUGGGUGAAAAUCCUCAGGCUAGUUAUCAGAAAUGAUGCUAUGCGGGACGACCCACCACAAAUAUAUGGAUGGAGAGUCUUUGCGCUAGUAUGUGCAUCAUGCUUCGGCGGAAUGCUUUUCGGUUGGGAUAUUGGCGCAAUAGGAGGCAUUCUAAUAAUGCCAAAGUUUAUGGAGGAUUAUCACAUAGACAGCAGUGAGAAGGACAUUCUCUCAGAAAAUAUCGUCUCAACAUUACAAGCAGGGUGUGUUUUAGCCUGCCUGACUGCCGCUCCCUUUGCCGACAAAUUUGGGCGAAGAUGGUCGCUGGUAACAGCUGCACUCAUCACCUGCAUUGGAAUCGCGCUCCAAGCGGCACCGACGUUGAGUUUACCGGUCCUGUACGUCGGGCGACUGGUCGCUGGAUUCGGAGUUGGUGCCGCCUCCAUGUUGACACCACUAUACGUUUCCGAAUGUGCGCCAAGAGCAAUCCGAGGUGCAUUGACGGGGUGCUACCAGUUAUUCAUUGUGAACGGAGUGAUGCUCUCCUUCUGGGUCAACUACGCGGCGCAGUAUCAUUGGAACGACAGAUACGUCUAUCUAAUUCCGCUUACUUUGCAGUCUGUCCCGGCGAUAUGUCUGCUGGUUGGGAUGCUGUGGUGUCCUGAAAGCCCGAGGUGGACGGCGAGGCAGAAUGACUGGGAGAACACUGCUCGAAUAUUGUCAAAGCUGACAAGCUUGCCUGACGAUCACGAAUACAUCAAUCACGAGAUGUACGGAAUGGCAGAGCAACUCGAGAUCGAACGGCGGCUUGUCGGCGACGCGACAACUUGGACGCUGCUGAAGGAGAUGUGGCUCAUACGUGGGAAUCGCAAUCGGGCGCUUAUAUCCAUUAGCUUGAUGGUAUGCCAGCAGAUGACUGGCGUCAACGCUAUCAACUAUUACGCACCACAGAUGUUCCAGUCGCUCGGUAUGAACAGUACAGAGAGCUCACUUUUUGCAACGGGUAUAUAUGGUGUUGUCAAGGUCGUCGCUUGUCUUGCUUUCCUCAUCUUCGCAGCAGAUUCACUAGGACGAAGGAAGAGUCUACUAUGGACAAGCAUCGCACUAUCGAUAUCCAUGUUUGUUAUUGGUGCAUACAUAUAUAUCAGUCCACCAGUUCAGGGGCAACCAAUCCCGACAUUUGGAUAUGUAGCGAUCGUGUGCAUCUUCCUAUUCGCAGCCUGCUAUCAGUUCGGAUGGGGACCUUGUUGCUGGAUUUACGUGAGCGAGAUUCCCAGCGCACGCCUGCGAGCCAUGAACGUUGCGCAGGCUGCGGCGACACAAUGGUUGUUCAAUUUUCUCGUCGCGCGAACUGUACCGACAAUGAUGAAGAAUAUGGGGCACGCAGGCUACGGUACAUAUUUUCUCUUCGGCUCCUUUUGCGCAUGCAUGUUCUUUUAUGCGUACCUCCUGAUCCCAGAGACCAAAGGAAUGUCAUUGGAGAAAAUGGAUGAACUAUUCGGUAUUACUGAAAUGCUACAUGUUGUCCAAGAUAUAAAUCGAGAAGACAUCACGCGUCGGCCCUAUAGCUUACGUUCCACAGCCGAGUAUGAGCUCAAGGGCGAAGAUAGGUGGCGACGGCUUUCGGCGGGUGGGGGAUCUCAAGCAAGCGCAUCCGAGGUGCGAUGAGUCAACGGCAUGAAUCGCUUGUGCCGGAGUGGUCAGAGGAU